AUGGCCCCCAAGAUCGAUCCCAACGAAAUCAAAAUCAUCUACCUCCGGGCGACCGGUGGUGAGGUCGGUGCCUCCUCUGCUUUGGCACCUAAAAUCGGUCCUCUUGGUCUGUCACCCAAGAAGGUCGGAGAAGAUAUCGCCAAGGCUACCACUGCAUGGAAGGGUCUCCGUGUUACUGUCCAACUCACCAUCCAAAACCGUCAAGCCCAGGUCUCCGUCGUCCCCUCCGCCUCUUCCCUCGUCAUUAAGGCUCUCAAGGAGCCCCCACGGGACCGCAAGAAGGAGAAGAACAUCAAGCACACUGGCAAUGUCUCCCUUGACGAAAUCUUCGAGAUCGCACGGACGAUGAAGUCCAAGUCUCUCGCGAAGGACCUUGCCGGUGGUGUCAAGGAGAUUCUCGGCACUGCCCAGUCUGUUGGCUGCACUGUUGACGGUCAACCCCCACACGAUGUCAUCGACGGUAUCAACUCGGGGGAUGUUGAGGUUCCGGAUGAGUAG